AUGUCCGCUGCACCUCGUAGGAAACUGGCUUGCCGUGUGUGCACCCGUCGCAAAGUUAAGUGCGACAAAAAGAUUCCAUGCGACAACUGUGUCAAGAGAGGUACUCCUGCACAGUGUGAGCGUGCUGAGAAUGAUGGGAUCCUUGCUCGAGGCAGCUCGGUUUCUGCAGGGCAACACGAUGGAGGUGCCGCUUCUCUCAAUGCCCUUCAGGCUCGCGUUGCCGAGCUCGAGGCUCUCCUACAAAUGCAAAGGGGAACCGAUUCACACACUGUGCCUCACUCUUCUACUCCCGCAAUUGAAGAAGCCAUUCAACGAACUAUAACGCAAACCAGAUCAUCUUCACCAAGUCACGAUUCAGAUAUUGAGGAUGCAGUCACCGUUCUGGAAUUCCUGGCGUGGGGCCGCAUGAAGGAUCCCGACAAGGCAAUGCUGUCUCCGGAAGCUCUCAGAGUUUCUGAGUAUGAUGAUGGGACUGGUACCAGCCCAGCAGGUGACCUUGAAACUGCUUUGGAUCCAGACCCGAAUCUCCUGUCGUGGUUGCAGAUUAUCCUACCCUCGCGGCGACAGGUCUACCAGCUCGUGGAGUAUCACAACAAUUGUUUGCUCUGGUUUCACGGCUCAUAUGUUGCCGCAUCAUUUUCCAGAACACUGGACUCAUUCUACACUGAACACAGCGGUAGAUUCGACUCGAAAGGUCUCAACCUGCAAUGGGUUGCACUGCUGUUCUCCAUUAUGACUGGAACCAUCACUUCCGCACCAUCAAGUGAGGCUAGGAGUUGGGGAUUCGAUGAGAAUGAAGCCAAAAUACUAUCACAAAAAUGGCACAAAGCGGUCAUUACCUCUUUGAAUGCUGCGAACUUUACUGCACACCACUCCUUGUACGCCGUCCAAGCGAUAGCCUCGCUGACAAACGCUGCCCACAUGCUGGGCCACUCGAAUACGCAAUCGAUCAUGCUAGCAUCAGUGGUCCGCAUCGCACAAAGCUUAGGUCUACAUCGUCUGGAUGAGGAUGCCCGAGGGUCAGACAGUGAGUUGGAAGCCGGCCGCCGGGCGUGGCAGGAGCUCUGCACGCAGGACUGGUUCAGCACUGCCUUUUCCGAGUCAUAUUCCAUCAAUCCACUACACUCGACUUCACUCCCUCCCAAGAAUUGUGAUGACAACAUGAAUGUCCUUCCGGAUGAGGAACCGACCAUCACCAGCUUUUGCAAGUUCUUGGCCAAAAUUGCGGCAAUCAUGCCAGCUUUACAAGAUGCUAUGGCUUUGUCCAGCACUCUAUACACUAAACACGAGGCGGUUCUCGUCCAUGAUAAAAAGAUGCGUUCGUUGGCCACAGGGAGGCCUUGUUUCCUUGCGCAUACUGCACUCGACAAGAGCUGGCCCUGCUAUAUUCCCUGGGCACGACGCGCGAUCGCGAUGAGUUCCGCUCACAAGAUCAUUAUGAUCCAUAGGUACGCUGCGCCAGACAUAACGAAGCACUACUACAGAAUUGCUGAUAUUCUCGCCAGAAAAUUUCUGGGCCUAAGCUUCUCCAAUCCUGUCUUUGCUUUUACUCGCCGGACAUGCUUAGCGGCCUCCAAAACCAUUCUGAAAGAAUACCAAGCAAGCAGCAACGACGAAACGAGUCCGAUGCUGUGGACACAUCAAGCGUUUUCGGUAGCUGCCUGCAUCAUUAUAUGCUUUGACAUCCUACAUUCGCGCUCGUCUAGUCACGAUGAAGAAUACCUAGUAGACCAAACCGUUGAACAUCUUCAAUCGUGCCGACAAAAGAGCAUGAUAGCUGCCCGGGGCGUCAAGGUGCUGAAAGCCCUCCAGAAACAAAUUGAGAACCGCGGUGAAGUCCGGAGGCGACUUGUCGAUAGUCCAAGAGAUGAGCCUCCAAGAAAACGACGCCGAGGAUUUGAUGCUGCAGAGUUUGCCCGAUCAUUCGUGGACCUCGAAAGUGACUCGCCCGCUGAACAUGACACGCAACAACGUCGCGAGAAUUCUGCAGCGGCAACGUAUGAGAGGCCUCAACGCACGGAAGAGAGCCCCCAGAUGGACGACGAGGACGAGCAGGUCACCUUGCCAUCAGACUUGAAUUGGUUGUGGAAUAUGCCAUCGCAUGACCACGAUGGCAUGCAGACAUUUAACAGCUUGCUGUCUUUUGCUAAUCAAGGCCUUGGGCUAUGA